UGAUAAGGAUCUUUAUUAAUUUUAUAAUUCUAUUUGAUUUAUUUUCAGUUAGAAUAUGGUCAUCUUUUGGUUUGUAAUUCUUAUGAUCAUUGUAGGUCUACAUGUAUUGUAAAAGCUUUUAUUAUCAUGAUAAUUGUAUAAAUUACAAAGGGUGUAAAGUUCUAAACAGAAACACAAUAUUAUCCAGAAUCUUUGACAUUACAAACACAAAUUAUUGGUCCAUUAAUAAUCACGAAUUAUUGGUCUAUUAUUGCAAUCAAUAGUGUGAUAUGUUGUUAUCUUGCCUGUGAAAAUAUUUAAUACAGUGAACAAUUUUAAAACCAAUAGUUCUACGUGUUGAGUGUGAUUUUUAAUGAGAUGUCUUUAUGAACGAGGCUAAACAUCAGUGAGUAAGUGAAAUGUAGAAUGGAAUAACUAAAUGUGAAUGACUGACAUUCAAUUUGGACAUUUCAAUUAUUUUGAUGAACAAAACUGAUUAGAAAUUACAAUACAUGUAAAAGUUAUAAAGAAAUUAACAGAAAUCAGUUUUAUAGUUAUACACUCAUGUUACAAUUAUAUAUAUGUGCUUUUUGGUCUAUUUUAGGUUCUAAAAAUUAGAGAUUUAGCUGUUUAAAUUACUAUAUAGGACAGAAUAGAAUAGGGUUGGGUUUUUUUUCAUCGAAACGUAUUUUGAGGACAGUAUGCAAUAUGCAAAGUAUUAAUAAAUACAAGCUUAAAACAUUUGCACAGGUACCGGUACAAAUAUAUGGAUGGGCAUAAAUUCAGAGCACUCAUAUAAAUAAACAGUAUAAAACCUGCAUACAUGAUACAUAUGAAAAUUCAAAACUAAACGUACAAGUAUAAAAUCACAUGAUUGAAUUCUCUAAAUUAACAAUCUUUCAGUAAGGUAUUUCGCUCAGUUUUCCAACAAUUACUAUUUCUUUGAUACUAAGUACACCCGGGUCACAUACCAAACUUCACUAAAUUCACUAGAAAGUAGAAUUAUGUACUGUACUGUACAUGUAUAUGGAUUUCAGAGGAGAAUUAUUACAGUUAAUUGGCAUUCUUAUGGGUACCAAACCUGUUCCUUUACAUGCUAAUAUAUUUAUUUAGUCAGACUUUAUGUAUGAUCUUAUAAAACAUAAUAGGUGACUUGCAAAAAAGUUCAAUAUCUCUCAGAAAUACAUGUAUAAGCAAUGUAUUAUCUCUAAAUUUUAAUGAUUAGGUCAUAGAGAUGAUAGAUGCCAACCAUAACAAAUAUUUACAUUCUAUUUGGACUAAGUUAUACCCAUGAUAUAUACAUUUUUGGUAACAUGUAUAACUGGUAUGGAAGCUGUUCCUGUAUACAGUUGAUGUGAGGAUUUACAGUAUAGACUGAGAAUUUUGAUUUUUUUGUGUGCACCAGUGAUAAAACCCACAUUAAAAUAGGGAUAAAAAUGCAAUGAAAUAACAAGAGUUGGAUAAAAAAAUAUUUUAAAAUGACUCUGAAACUAGAAUGGGGGGUUGGAUGGCCGAAUGGUUAGCACGGGUGUGCUGUAGGCCUAUCAUUAAGCCUGUCAUUGAGUCAACUGGCGUGGUUUCAAAUCCCCGGGUCCUCCGGUUUCCUCCCACUUCUAAAGACCCCUACGCGCAAGCGAAUUAUUGAAAUAUAAUUAAACCAUGUGUUAGUCCCGAAAUGACCUAGUGGAGUGGACGUUAAACCCUAUUUCUCUCUCUCUCUCUGAAACUAGAUGAAUUGCAGUGGAUCAAAUAUUCAAAUGUCAAUUCCAAUAGUAAUUUUUUUAGAAUAAGAUUAUUUAAAUAGUAAAUUAGGUAUUCAUUGACAUCACUUACUAAAAGUGUCAUUUUUAUUUUUUUUGUAGAAGAAAGUAAAAUGGCAGACAGUAAAUGUAUGUUUAGACGACCAGGGAUACGACCGGUUGAUAGACAGCGCAUGAAGCCAUGGUUAAUUCACUAUCUAGACAGCGAAAAUGUCUACGGAUUAAAAUGGGAAGACAAAGCAGGUGGAAUCUUCUCUAUCAAAUGGCAGCAUGCUAGUAGUACAAAAUGGAAUCUAAGCACUGAUGCAGAUGUGUUUGAAAGAUGGGCCAGACAUACAGGUAAACAUAAAGAGGGUGACAUAUCAGAUCCUAAAAGAUGGAAGGCAAAUUUUCGUUGUGCUUUAAACAGUUUAUCAGAUAUUAAAUACUUGUCAAUGGUUAAGCAUGGUGGAUAUAGAUACCGAGUAUAUCAAAUUCUAAAAGAUGAUAUAGUUGUCAAGGCAAAAACAGGGAGAAAAGACAAACAGGUUGGUACUAAUCCUCCUUUCAGAGUGGAGUUCAACGUCGCGACGACACAGGAAAGACAUGAAGCCAUUACUUUGCAUCAGUGUGUUGUAUGUGAUGAGAUAUUUGAACAAAAAGAUGAUUUAGAAAAACACAAUAAAAUACAUGUUAAAGAAGAAAAAACUGAUGAUGAUAUAAAGACUUUGUAUCGCUGUCGAAAAUGCAGCGAAAAAUUUGAGAAAUACAUUGAUUUAGAGAAACAUAGUAAAAUCCAUGUGAAAAUGGAGAAACUGGACGAUUGUGAUAUGGAAGUAGACAGUGUUUGUCAGGUCCCAGCUGUACAUUUUAACAAAGCAGAUGUUCAGCUUGUUCAUAUUUGUAUUGUUUGUGGUAAAACAUUUAAUACCACAUGUGACAUGGAAAUACACAGUAAACUACAUGUUAAAAUAGAGAAAAAUGAUGAUGAUGAUAAAAUAAAUGAAAUUGAAACAUUCCAUGAAUGUAAUUUGUGUGAAAAAGUAUUUAAAUCGGAUGAUGAAUUAAGCAAACAUUGUAAAAUACAUGUUAAAAUUGAGAAAACCAGAGAAAAUCCUUUACAUCAAAAUAUAGUUUUUGAUUCUAAUUAUGACCCAAUUACUGAACAAAGGAAAAGUAGUGAAAUAAUUUGUAGCACAACUUAUAAAUGUGGUGCUUGUGAUCAAUCAUAUGGUAACGUUGGUGAUCUAGAGGAUCAUCUGAGGAUUCAUACUGCAGUAAAUUCUUAUAACUGUGAAUUUUGUGGUAAAUUAUUUAAUAAUAGGAGUCAUCUGUACAAACAUAUUAGAAUCCAUACAGGUGUGAAGCCAUAUAAAUGUGAUGUAUGUAGUAAAUCAUUUAAUAGGACAAAUGAUUUGGACGAUCAUAAAAGAAUUCAUACAGGAGAAAAACCAUUUACGUGUGAUGUGUGUUGGAAAUCCUUCAAACAAGUAAGCCAUCUAAGGACACAUAUGCGAAUUCAUACAGGAAAAAAACCAUAUAAAUGUAAUGGGUGUAAUUCAGGGUUUCGUGACACGAGUAAUCUGACUCAGCAUGUUAGAGUAGCUCAUAGUGAAAAGAAAUAUAAAUGUGAAGGAAGAAAAAUGGAUGCGCGAGAUGAGUCAUCUCUUCUUGGGAAGAAACAUGUUGAAGAAGAGAUGUCUACCUCAGCUGCUGAGUCAUCUGUUCUUGGGGAGAAACACGGGGAGAUGUCAACCUCAGCUGCAUCAGGAACUUCCCUAUCUCUUACUGGAGGAAACACUGAUGUGGUUGGUGAGAUGUCAACCAGAGCCUGUUCAGCUGUCCCCCAAUCUCAUACGGGAAGGGAAACUGAGAUGCCAACCACAGCCGCUUUAGUGGACACCAAAUCGCUUCCUGGAGGAAAAACUGAAGUGCUAACUGAGAUGUCAACCUCAGCCUCCCAAGGUAUCUUACAGUCUCUGCUUUGUGGUAAAGAUGCUGUAAGAGAAGAUAUAUCAACCUCAGCCUCCAAAGGUACCUCCCAGUCUCUGCUUUGUGGUAAAGGUGCUGUAAGAGAAGAUAUAUCAACCUCAGCCUCCCAAGGUAACUCCCAGUCCCUGCUUUGUGGUAAAGGUGCUGUAAGAGAAGAUAUAUCAACCUCAGCCUCCCAAAGUAACUCCUAGUCUCUGCUUUGUGGUAAAGAUGCUGUGCGAGAAGACAUAUCUACCUCAGCCUCCCAAUGUACCUCCAAGUCGCUUACUGCUAUUAUUAAUAAAAUUUUAAAAACCUCUAAUACAGACAUACAUUUAAGUUUUGGCUGUAAAGUUUGUGGAACUAAAUUUCAGACUUGUGGUGAGUUACAGCUGCAUUUUAAACUGCAUGUGAGUAAUUAAACCAUGAAUGUAAUAUGCACGAUGAAAAAUUUAAACAUUAUUCAGAAUUAGAGCUUUAAUAAAAUAAAGUUAAAAAAAUGGAAGAUCGU